CGUGCCGAGCCUCCUGUCAGAGGCGGCCAUUGUUCAGCCGGUGGUGCCGGCUUCGCUGGGGCUGGGCUGAUCCAGCCCGGUCAGCUGCUGGCCCCUUAUCAGCGCAGGACGCGGGGGCGAGUCACUGGCUCUGAGGACUCUGGGGUCCUCGGGUGCAGGUCACCAUGAGCAAACGGAAGGCGCCCCAGGAGACGCUCAACGGGGGCAUCACCGACAUGCUCACGGAACUCGCAAACUUUGAGAAGAACGUGAACCAGGCUAUCCACAAGUACAACGCUUACAGAAAAGCAGCAUCUGUGAUAGCAAAGUACCCACACCAAAUAAAGAGUGGAGCAGAAGCUAAGAAAUUGCCUGGAGUAGGAACAAAAAUAGCUGAAAAGAUUGAUGAGUUUUUAGCAACUGGAAAAUUGCGUAAGCUGGAAAAGAUUCGGCAGGAUGAUACAAGUUCAUCUAUCAAUUUCCUGACUCGAGUUACUGGCAUUGGGCCAUCUGCUGCAAGGAAGUUUGUAGAUGAAGGAAUUAAAACAUUAGAAGAUCUCAAAAAAAAUGAAGAUAAAUUGAACCAUCAUCAGCGAAUUGGGCUGAAAUAUUUUGAGGACUUUGAGAAAAGAAUCCCUCGUGAAGAGAUGUUACAAAUGCAAGAUAUUGUACUGAAUGAAGUUGAAAAAGUGGAUUCUGAAUACAUUGCUACAGUCUGUGGCAGUUUUAGAAGAGGCGCAGAGUCCAGUGGCGACAUGGAUGUUCUUCUGACUCAUCCAAGCUUCACUUCUGAGUCAGCCAAACAGCCAAAACUCUUACAUCGAGUUGUGGAGCAGUUACAGAAGGUCGGUUUUAUUACAGACACUUUGUCAAAAGGUGAAACAAAGUUCAUGGGUGUUUGCCAGCUUCCCAGUAAAAAUGAUGAAAAAGAAUAUCCACACAGGAGAAUUGAUAUCAGGUUGAUACCCAAGGAUCAGUAUUACUGUGGUGUGCUCUAUUUCACUGGGAGUGAUAUUUUCAAUAAGAAUAUGAGAGCUCAUGCCCUAGAAAAGGGCUUUACAAUCAACGAAUACACAAUCCGCCCCUUGGGAGUCACUGGAGUUGCUGGAGAACCCCUGCCAGUGGAUAGCGAGAAAGACAUCUUUGAUUACAUCCAGUGGAAAUACCGAGAACCCAAGGACCGAAGCGAGUGAGGCCUAUCCUCCCUCCCUCCCAGGCACAGCCCAGCAGGAGUC